AUGCACAUGUCACCUAAUAUCUCAAGCGAUCUGCACUUGGUAACUAGGGCCUUGGAUGAGAUAACUAAUCAGUCCAGGUUGUGCCACAGACCUGAGAGCAGCAGAGUUUAUAAGGAACACAGCAUCGAGCAUUUUACUGGCAUCGGAAGAGCGACGGCUCUUCGGCUGGCUGAGCUUGGGGCGAAAGUGUAUGCCUUGAGCCUAGUCCAAGCCGAGCUUGACAGCCUCCAUGCUGAAAACCCCGCAAUUGUUACGCUUUGCGUGGAUUUGCAAGACUGGGAAGCUACUCGGGAAGCCGUGAAAAAAGUAACUCCGAUUCAUCUCCUUGUAAACAUUGCGGUAGUUUUUAAGUGGAGCCCAAUAUUGAAGACCAGUCUUGCCGAUGUUAAUGCAAGCCUCGACGUGAACGUCAAAGGAGUUCUCAACGUGUCGCAAGUUGUGGCAUCAGACCUCAUCACUCGAGGCGAGAAAGGAAACAUAGUCAACAUGUCAUCGAUAGGAGGGCAAAAACCUAUGAUUCAAACUGGUAUCUACUCAGCCUGUAAAGCAGCUGUUGACUCUUUCACGAGGUCGAUGGCUCUGGAAUUGUCGUCAAAAGGCAUUCGUGUGAACGCUGUCUGCCCCACCCUAGUGACAGACACCUUCUCAGGCCAGGUUAUGGCACCAAAUAGGAAAAAUACUGAAACUGGGGCCGGAAACGAGCUUCUGAUGGCUAGAACUCCUCAAGGAAAAUUCCCUUGCAGGAAUGACGUCGUCAAUGCUGUAGUGUACUUGCUUAGUGACUACAGUGACCUCGUCAAUGGACAUUUAUUGCCCGUUGAUGGAGGUUUUUUGUGUUCCUAAGAAAUUUCGUUCACAGUUACAAAUUUACUUUACAAUAGUAUAACUUCGAGAAACGUUAUCGUUAUUCUGUUCAUGCAUUUUUCUUUACAUUAGUGCCCUAAUAUAUUGUACAUGAAACUAAUAAUAUGAAGUUUUCAUGUACAAUAUAUAUUGUACAUGAAAACUUCAUGUCAAAAUUGAGGGCAGUUCCUCGUUGCCGAUUACGUCUUUCGAAUUUUUUAUAUAGAAUUUCCAUAUCAUAGAGCAGCACGCAAAGAAGUUUUCACCGCCGUGCUCUUUGGUGGGGCCAAAUUUUUGUCUCAAUAAUAGAUAUCUAAUAUUACCUGACUUACCACUAAAACUUACAUCAUUCCCUGGGCUCAAGAUAAUGGGCAUAACGUUUGACAUGUUAGCCAAAAUUUAUUCAUGGGAGCUUUGUACAAAUUUUAGGGGUGGAGUGUGAGUCAGGAACUAGGCUAUAAAUACAAAUAUGAACCAAACUUUGCAACUGGAACUUUCUUAUCAUUGUUUCUGUACAUGCAAUUACUUUAGGGCUGCAUUACAAAUAAGAACAUAUCA